UCAGGAACUUCACCAACAUGGGCAUCGACUAAAAUGCCCGACCGCUAACCCUCACUAAUCUUGUCCACGAAAUGACCCUUGCUUCUACGGACGAGUGACAAAAAACCAACUCAUACUUAUGCACAGAGACGCUUCUAACGUCUUCAGGGAUUCCUUAAAACUACGCCAAAAGCUACUGCAAAGGACAACAACAUACUUUAAGGUGGCUGAGUUCGUAAAAAAAGACGCCAUCCGAUACUACACGUAUGACUACGAAAUACACCAAACCUAGUAUUAAAUAUUAUGAACAUAUUUAUAGGUAACGAUUAUCACUCGAAAAAUCUCGUUAAACUGAAAACUAUCGCUUGAAUAGACAAUAAUAAAUCUAAUUAGAUAAAUCGUCACGUAUCAAUUCCAUUGCCAUUGUAUUUAAGAAAACAAACGUCAAUUUUGCGCGCGUAAUAAAUCCAAGAUGGCGGCUAAGGCUGAGCCGAUUGGUCCGAGAAAUGGGCAUGAGUUGGCGCCUUUGAAUACGAGGGCAGAUGGGAGUGAGCGGCCCCAUGGGGUCACUAUAGUUCUUCAGGGGUCCCGGGGGUCCUUGCAGAGGGAUGCCCCGGACGAUCCGGACAGGGCGGCGUGGUCCGGGAAGCUGCAGUUCUUUCUGUCCAUCAUCGGGUACUCGGUCGGGCUGGGAAACAUUUGGCGGUUCCCGUAUUUGUGCCAGCAGAAUGGCGGAGGCGCCUUCCUGAUUCCCUUCAUGAUCAUGCUGAUCCUGGAAGGCAUCCCGCUCUUCCUGAUCGAGAUGGCCAUCGGGCAGAAGAUGCGUCUGGGUUCCCUGGGCGUCUGGAACACCAUCCACCCCUGGCUAGGAGGCAUUGGGAUCUCCAGCUGCGUGGUCACGCUGUUCGUGGCUCUGUACUACAACGUCAUCAUCACUUGGGUGUUCUUCUACCUGUUCAAUAGCAUCCGGCUGACAGCGGACCAGCUCCCCUGGGCCCACUGUCCCCAAGACAACGGGACAGCGGAAGAGGAGUGCACCAAGGCUACAGCGACGGUCUACUUCUGGUACCGCGAGGCUCUGGACGCAGCCCCUAGCAUUGAGGAGCCGGGCGUGCCUCGGUGGUGGAUCGUCCUCUAUCUGCUACUGGCUUGGAUUAUAGUCUUCUUCAUUGUGAUGAAGGGCAUCCAGAGCAGUGGGAAGGUGGUAUACUUCACGUCUCUGUUCCCGUACGUCGUGUUGACAAUCUUCUUCAUCAGAGGCAUCACCCUGCCAGGGUCGACAGACGGCGUCAUUCACAUGUAUAAGCCGAAGCUGGAAAUGCUGCUCCAACCUACAGUCUGGUUGGACGCAGCCACCCAAGUGUUUUACUCCUUCGGCCUGGCCUUCGGCUCGCUGAUCGCGUUCGGCUCAUACAACCCGCCCAACAACAACUGCGUGCGCGACGUGCUGCUGGUCUCCGUGUGCAACGCGCUCACCGCCAUCUACGCGUCCGUCGUCAUCUUCAGCAUCCUCGGGUUCAAGGCCUACACCAUGACGGAGCACUGCAUCGCCAAGUGA